CCGGCUCGGUCUUGAUAACCUCAAAGUUGCCUCGUUAAUCUAAUCCUUGCCUGAUCCUUGCGUUAUGCGUUAAUUCCAGAGACGUUAAUUCAAUCUGCCCUGUUCUUGAUCCAUUCUGACCCGUCCGAAACCUGCAAAAGCACGGUGCACAAGAGUGAUUAAUUUUCCAAGGUAGAUUGUGAAAUUAUACAACCUUCGGGGUGAAUUUUCAUGCUGUGCAAGGCAACCUGACUGGUUAGUGGUUUGGGAAAGCUGCUUGAAAAUCGCUUUGUUGUCAACCGUUCUUAUCACGGGCACUUUGAUGACCUUCAAAUUUUAGGAACCAUCCCUCCAUCAUGCUUCGACCUUUGUGGACAAUGCCGCUCUCAGGGCAUAUCGUGUCAAAGUUAAAUGAAAAUGGUUUCUUCUAUUGGGAGGAUCUGUGGAACCCUGACAAUCGCAAUGAAUUGAAACCCUCUGUCCAUAAAAUAUUACAGUCAUGCAGAGGCUUCUCCUCUCGUGAUUUUCAGUCAUUGCAGACUGCACCAGCAUCAACAUCAUCAUUUGAAGUAUACAUGAAAGACACUGAUGAUAUCAUAACAUUCUCAAAAGCCGUUGACGAAUUAUUUGGUUAUGGAAUUCCAACAGAAAGUAUUGUUGAGCUAUGUGGAGCACCAGGUCAAGGCAAAACGCAAAUAUGCCUGCAACUAUGUGCGUCCGUUCAAAUACCUAAAAGUCUUGGCGGUCUAUCAAGUGCAGCAAUUUACAUUGACACAAACAAAAACUUUUUUUUUGAAAGAUUUAAAGAAAUCAGUCUUGGAACUGUUGCACAUUGCAAGAAAGUGGUCCGCAAGUUGAAACUUGGUUCUUCAGCUGAAGAGGAGAUGAAAACCUUCACAAUUGAAAAUAUGGAAAGAAAUGUGCAUGUUCUGUACGUAAAUGGCCACAUUCAGCUUCUAGCAGCAGUCCAACUGCUGGAAAAAAUGAUAACUUCUAGCAAGGCACGGCUCAUCAUAAUAGAUGGAUUUGCCUUUCCUUUUCAAGAAAUAGACUCAGGUCUACAGCGUACAUCUUUCAUUUGUCGGACUUUGGGGAUACUUAGUCAGCUAGUAUCAAAAUUCAAAUUGGCAGUUGUUCUCACCAAUGAACUAACCACUCAUAUCAGUCCAAGUGGCGAAACAGAUUUCAUUCCAGCACUCGGAGGAAGCUUUGCUCAAUUUGUAUCACAUAGACUGCUGAUAGGUCAAGAUUCAAUACUGCUGAGUAAAAGUCCAAAUCGACCCUCAGCUGCUGCUAAUCUGAAGAUCACUGCAGAUGGCAUCAGAGAUGCUAAUUGAAAAUUACUAUCAGCUGAAGAACAUUCUUUGUCAUUUCAUCCAUAGUAUCCUUGAUUCUUCAAUUUAUGUGAGUGCCUCAUUUUACUCUCUUUAGCUUUUCUAAGUGUGAUGUUGGAAGCUUUGCUGGCAAGAAAUUCAGUCGAAGAAUAAAUCAUGAUGAUUGCCAAUUCAAACACUUAUCCAUUAGGUGGCCAGGUGCCCAAUAAACCUUGUCUACAAGUUGGCUUUUAAAGAGAUGUCUGCUACCUGGUAAAUGAACUGUAAUUUUAUUAUCAAUGGCCAUGCCUAAAAUUCGUUUUCAUUCACACUGGGGUUAGCGAUUCAGAGCAAAAGUUGUUUCAGGUCACUUUUAUCAUUACGUAUAUCCAGUAGUUAAGUGUUUCUGUUAGGAAUAAGUUUUCUCUUCCAGAAAACUGUAAAAUCUCUAUUUUUCUUCUCAAAACUUAAGAUUAAUGUAUAUUGGUUUUUGUUCUCUUUAGAGGGUAAGAAUGUAAUUACUUUAAUGUUUUCAGGAGUUUGAGUGUUAAGGAAUGAAUUUGAGCUCCUUUUCAUCUCUGCGCACAGUAUAAUUUUUUGUUAAAAAAAAAUCUCUCAACCUCUCCUGUUAACAGUGGCAAUUUCUGCAUGUAUGCUAGGGAAGCACUAAUUUUCGUGAGAUAUUGCCCUUUGAAAAGUUCGUUUUAUGAUGUCAUCCACCAUGGUAGUAACACCCUUGAUUUCUUCCACCUUGUUUUCAUCAGAGUUUUACGUUGAGUAACCAGUGCAAAUGUGCGUCACACCGACUGAUGAAAGCAAAGGUGGAAGAGAACAAGGGUGUCACUACCGUGGUGGACGACGUCAUAAAUCAAAAUUUUCAAAGGCGAUAUCUGGGAUAGGCAUGACUUAUUUAUUCAAGUACGUUUGUAAUGUUUCAAAAAUCAUACUAACUACAAUUAGAAAAUGUCUUUGCACUAUGCACUGUAGUGGAAAGCCCAGCCAAGCAGUGAGGAGCGAAUAAAAGACAAAUCAUGCAGCGGAUAUUUGCGACAACACUGCCUAGACGCAGCAGUUACCUUUGAAUGGGAAGAUAAAACUCAUCUCAUCCGAGUCAAAAGUCGAGAAAAAUAUGUCUAUAAAAAGAAUAUGUUCUCCUCUCCAUUUCAUUCCUAGUAGGGCUGUGCGAAUAUUAGCUUCGCCUGACUCGCACAUUAUUCGCAAAUUGCGAAUAUUCGCGCCUUUGCAAAUAGCGAAUUUUCAAAUAUUUGCGCUGUCUGGAAUAAUGAAUUUUCAAUUAUUUGCGCCGUCAAAAAUAACGAAUUUUCGAGUGGCAAUCGUGAAACUAGAGUGCCUAUACACAACCUGUAUUAUUGGCUAAGAAAUGAAUGAUAAUUACACUAAAAGGUUAAUUUUUGGCAAAAAUAUCCACCGAAGUUUGAUCCGAACACGAUUUUAGAAGUUGAUCAUAAAAAAAUGUCUAUCACACCCAAAAUCACGUCUAGAACUUCGUAGAACUUUGUUGCCAUCUUUUUUGUUUACAUUGGGCCAAACUAGGAGGGGAGGGGCUGGGAUUUGUUUACAUUGGGUCAACUUUGGGGCUCCAUAAUAGCCUACCAAUUAAGAAGCGGCACGCUUUUUUUUCUGUAUUAAAAGGAUUGAGAUGGCAAUACUCUCCCGUAUACAGGUACUCUACGUAAAACGUUGCGCGGACCAGUGCAAGGCUUCCAUCCAAGACAUGGCAAACGGCAAAUCUCCUUUGAUCAUUACCAACUUUCUCGAGUUUACCAACAGCAUGCGCGAUUGCGAUUGGCCGGUGUAUCUUGUUUGCUCCAAGAGUACCACACAUUGAAAGUCAAAUAAAUAAGAGGGAAAGAGGGAAAAGUUCAUUAACACAUUUUCAUUAACACGGAAACAAAUAAAAUACUAAAAAUGUGUCUGGUGAUCCUUAAAUACUAGUUUGACUGCCUGCGCAGUUACCUUCAAACCCUGGAAAUGUGUACUUAACUACAGGGACAGUGAAGCCAGCAUCCAGGGAUCUUUAAAGACAUUCUUAACAACUUUGGCUACCAUCAUAGCAUUUCAUAGUUUUCUGUGCAGGUGUAUUAGCAAA